GUGUGUUUAUUUUUAUUUUUAUCAUAUCUCUAAGAGUUAAUUCGACUUCAACUGAUCAAUUCUUAUUGUCUUAAUGUUCCAUCCCUCAACUGCGUCACCCUAGUCGCUCACCCACGAAACCAACCAACGAAGACGCGGGACCCAGGCGGUCUGACGGAGAGAGGCGUCGCGGUGGAUGUUAAAUGCGUGUGGGUGAUUUGCAGCGAAAAGACGGAGAGACUAAGACGUGGCAGCACAAGAGAGGGCCUCAGAUGACACACGGAUCGAUAUCCGUGGCCUAUCAACACAGCGAAUCUGACCCGCUUAGUCGUCCCAGAUCUGACGUUCGAAAUCGUCGCAUUCAUUCUCGAAACCUCUUUUCGAAACCCUAAUUCCCGCCCUCUUCCCCUCUCGAUUUAAACCUCCCACCGCUUCCUCUCCGACCCCCAUUGAUCUCCGCAUCUCCAAUCCUCAAUCUCGAAUCCUUCCUCGCUCGCGUACGAGAUGGCCCGGACGAAGCAGACGGCGCGGAAAUCCACGGGUGGCAAAGCCCCGCGGAAGCAGCUGGCGACGAAGGCGGCGAGGAAGUCGGCCCCCGCGACCGGCGGCGUCAAGAAGCCCCACCGCUUCCGGCCCGGGACAGUCGCGCUGCGAGAGAUCCGCAAGUAUCAGAAGAGCACGGAGCUGCUCAUUCGGAAGCUGCCUUUCCAGCGCCUGGUCCGCGAGAUCGCCCAGGACUUCAAGACCGACCUCCGCUUCCAGAGCUCCGCCGUUGCCGCCCUGCAGGAGGCCGCGGAGGCCUACCUUGUGGGCCUAUUCGAGGACACCAACCUCUGUGCCAUUCACGCCAAGAGAGUAACCAUCAUGCCCAAGGAUAUCCAGCUCGCCCGUCGGAUCCGCGGGGAGAGGGCUUGAUGGCCGACCUAUCCCCUCCUGUUUUAUGAGUCCUUGAGACCCAUUUCAUCUAUUCUACUCUAUUCUGUAAUUCGAGUGGGUCUUUGUUAAUUAAUGGAUAAUAUUAUGGUCUUUUGACAUGCA